AUAUCUGUUCCGGGUAUGGAGUUCCUUACCGGCCACAUUGUUCAGACUGUCGCAGAUACGUCACGUGUUCAGACGGUCGUAUUAUGGCAACCUAUGACUGUGCAUACAAUUACUUGUUUGACACCCGAACACAGAGAUGCAAGCCACCAGCCGAAGCUACGUGCAAAUCAUACCAGACGCCACAUCCAACACGUUAUCCAACAAGAGCUCCGACACGUUACCCGACAAGAUAUCCAACAAUAGCUCCGACACGUUACCCAACAAGAUAUCCAACAGUAGCCCCGACACGUUAUCCAACAAGAUAUCCAACAAUGGCUCCGACACGUUACCCAACAAGAUAUCCAACAAUGGCUCCAACACGUUACCCAACAAGAUAUCCAACAAUGGCUCCAACACGUUACCCAACAAGAUAUCCAACAAUGGCUCCAACACGUUACCCAACAAGAUAUCCAACAAUGGCUCCAACACGUUACCCAACAAGAUAUCCAACAAUGGCUCCAACACGUUAUCCAACAAGAGCUCCAACACGUUAUCCAACCAGAUAUCCAACAAGAGCUCCAACACGGUAUCCAACAAGAGCUCCGACACCUUAUCCAACCAAAGGGAGCGAGUGUCGAGAUGAUAUCUGUUUCGGGUAUGGAGUUCCUUACCGGCCACAUUGUUCAGACUGUCGCAGAUACGUCACGUGUUCAGACGGUCGUAUUACGGCAACCUAUGACUGUGCAUACAAUUACUUGUUUGACACCCGAACACACAGAUGCAAGCCACCGGCCGAAGCUACGUGCAAAUCAUAUCCAACACGUUAUCCGACAAGAGCUCCGACAAGAUAUCCAACAAUGGCUCCAACACGUUACCCAACAAGAUAUCCAACAAUGGCUCCAACACGUUAUCCGACAAGAUAUCCAACAAUGGCUCCAACACGUUACCCAACAAGAUAUCCAACACGUUACCCAACAAGAUAUCCAACAAUGGCUCCAACACGUUAUCCGACAAGAUAUCCAACAAUGGCUCCAACACGUUACCCAACAAGAUAUCCAACAAUGGCUCCCACACGUUACCCAACAAGAUAUCCAACAAUGGCUCCAACACGUUAUCCGACAAGAUAUCCAACAAUGGCUCCAACACGUUACCCAACAAGAUAUCCAACAAGAGCCCCGACACCUUAUCCAACCAGAGGGAGCGAGUGUCGAGAUGAUAUAUGUAACGGGUAUGGAGUUCCUUACCGGCCACAUUGUUCAGACUGUCGCAAAUUCGUCAUGUGUCUAGACAGUCGAAUUAUGGCAACCUAUGAGUGUGCAUACAAUUACUUGUUUGACAUCCAAACAACCAGAUGCAAGCCACCAACCGAGGCUACGUGCAAAUCAUACCAGACACGUUAUCCAACAAGAGCUCCGACACAUUAUCCAACCAGAUAUCCAACAAGAGCUCCGACACAUUAUCCAACCAGAUAUCCAACACGAGCUCCAACACGUUAUCCAAACAGAGCAGCUCCAAGCAACUGCGUGUGGGAGAUGUCACAGUGCCAGGAUCGACCUGACGGAAGGUACCCCUACUGCAGUAACUGUAUCAGCUUCGUGCAUUGCUUCAGGAGUAAGGGCUACCACACCCCGUGCCCGGAAUCCACUAGCUGGGAUGUUAAUGACAACAGCUGCACACACCAGAAUGCCUACGCCCCGUGCUGGAAUAAGCCCGUUACUAGAAGGGACUACCCAACAACUACACGGUACUACACUCGGCCUGCCACUAAGUACCAAACUACUGGGAACAACUACCAUCGUACUACAAUGUACUAUGCUGCUACUACAAGAUACAACCCAAAUUCAGUUAAACGAUGCAAGAACAGUUGCGCGGGCCUGCCGGAAGGUGUUUACGGAAAGUGCGACGACUGCUCGCAGUUCCUCAUGUGCUCCACCCUUGAGACCGUGUACUCGUGUCCACCUGGCACGUACUUCAACAACGACAUUGAGACGUGCAUCCUCAAUUACCGCUGUUAAACCACAGCAAGUUAUCCCCACCAUCAUAUACCCUAGAUAUUCCUAGCAAACAGUACAAAUAAAGAGUUAAAGUACUAA